GAGAGAUAGGCUUUUCUUCAUUCUGCUCUAUCCCCAUUCCCCCUAGUCAGACAAGCAGAGCAGAGCGGGACAGAGAGAGAGAGAAGAGUCGUGAGCGAACGAGUGCAGAACAGAACAACUCCACAAAGAGAAGAGAGAGGUGGAUAGUUCCCUUUGCGAGAAAAAGAGAAGAAAAUCAAGCCUUUCAGAAUACAUUACCAACUGAGGACAUUACUUAUUUCUAGCCCUGUUUUAUGUUGUAACAGUGAGAUUUCUUUCUCAUUCUACGAGAGCCUACACACUGAUUGUAAAAAAAACUUGUAUUGUGUAGAAGGAAUUGGGGAUUUUGCAGAGAGAAGGAGAAAGAAAGAGAAAAGGUUUUUUUGGAGCCAGGUUUUGAGAAGCAGGAGGCUGCAGUCGUGGAGAUCAUGCCCGGUAGAGGAGCUUGUUCUGGGGCAGGCGUGGGGAGGUUGCCUGGGUACUGGGUCUGUGUGCUGGUUCUCUGUGCCCUGGUGACAGGCUACGUCAGCGCGUGCCCUGCCCUGUGUACCUGCAGUGGCACCACGGUGGACUGCCAUGGGCUGGGCAUCAAAACCAUGCCCCGGAAUAUACCCCGCAACACCGAGAGACUGGAGCUGAAUGGGAAUAACCUCACACGCAUCACCAAGAGUGACUUUUCUGGACUCAAGUACCUCCGUGUGCUACAGUUGAUGGAGAAUCAGAUUGGAGCGAUAGAGCGUGGAGCGUUUGAUGACAUGAAGGAGCUGGAGAGACUGUAA